AACUGAUACGUGAUGAUGCAGCAGCAUUACCCCAUCCUCUCAAACCCUAGCAGCCACCUUCAUCCCAUUCCUCUCCGUUGGCCAGAAGUUCGGCCGGCAUCGUCACAGCCGACGUCGUUCACCAAGCCCGCGUCAUUCACCUCUCACCUCGCCACUGUCUUUCACCGAGCUCACGUCGCUUCCACUUCUCUCUUCGCCGUCGCUCACCUCGCCGGCUCGCCUCUCCGGCCUCUGCUUACCUCGCCGUCCCUCACCUUCCUCCCUCGUCAUCUCUCUGCUUUUAAAAUAGGCGGAUAUCUCUGGAGACCCCGAUCCCCGAUCCCCGAUGCCCGAUGCGGGGAUGGGGCGGGGGCGGACUAUGGGCUGCGUUUGUUUACAAAAGAGUGCAUUGUAAUCAUGGUCCAGUGGCAAAGGCAUUUCUUGCCAGUUUUUCGUCAAAUUGCACACUCUGCUACCACCUCAUCUCCCCAAGGUAAGGGUCUGACGACGUUGACAGCAAGAACAAUACUAUUGCCCUCAAUUUCAAUUCGUAGCCCUGUUUAUCAUUCUUUCCAAUCCCAGGGAAUUUCGGGUUCUACCUGUUUGCUUUCUAAGUCAUCAGAUCUGGAACAAACACCAACUUCCUCCCCGUUAGCCUUAACUUCCUUUUUGGGUAGCAAAGAAGCUCAAGACCAGAAGCAGACACCUGUUAAGAAAGAAAGAGUUCAAGCAGUAAUGUCAAAAAUAAAGCAGAGUCCUAAGAAGGUCAACUUGGUUGCUGCUUUGGUUCGUGGUAUGCUGGUUAAAGAUGCAUUGCUGCAAUUGCAAGUGACAGUAAAGCGAGCUUCAAGAACUGUAUAUCAGGGUAUUACUCAAGCCCAAGGAAAUGCCGUAAAUAAUCAUGGAUUGGAUGCAGAGCGCCUCAUUGUUGCCGAAGCGUUUGUUGGAAAAGGAUUAUUCCGGAAGAAAGUUUCUUACCAUUCCAAAGGAAGAGCCGGCAUCAAAGUCAAACCGGAAUGCAGGCUAACAGUUGUAGUAAGAGAAAUAACCGCUGAAGAAGAGGCGAAGAUUGCGAGGUUGAAGGUUCACAAUUUCCGCAAGCUCACGAAGCGUGAGAAACGGCUUGUGCCGCAUCAGCUUAUUGUGUCCAAUCCUGUUUGGGGCCGCAAAAACAAAUCUAGCGAUCGAAACUCGAGUGCCACUGCUGCAUGAGCUUCUUAAAUAUUUCAGAGUUUCAAAAUAGUUGUUUAAUGGUUGUGGCAUAUUCUUGUUAUCCAUCUUCAUGUGAUAGAAAUAGUUGUUGAGAAAUAUCCUGGCUAGUUUCACAUCGAGAGUAACUCCAAAUGUUAGGAUAUGUAUGGAGAAAUUUGUCUACCCCUUAAUUCUAAGGUGGUUACUCCAAUGAAGACAUUAUGAACUGUUAGAUAGUUUAAUAUAUUUGAUUGAAUAUAUUUGAUUGAACUAUUUAACGGUUCA